AUGUUAUCCAAGCAACUCUAUCUGUUCGGCGCCCUUCUGGGCGCUUCCUCAGUGCUGGCGCAAGAAAGCACCAUCCCCGACGAGUGCGCCGGUAUCGAGGCCCCGGAUUCUUUCGAGCCCGUAACCCAGCUACCCAGCCCCUUUGAGUUCUUUGAUGGCUCGGCCGUGGAAACCAAGGACGAUUGGGCGUGUCGUCGUGGCGAGAUCCGCGCCAUGAUUGAAAAGUUUGAACUCGGAGCCAAGCCUGCUAAGCCUGCCGAGUUCAAAGCCUCAAUGUCCGGCAACUCCAUCUCCAUUGAUGUUACGGACAAUGGCAAGUCCAUAUCCUUCUCCGCCUCCAUCAAGCUACCUUCGGGUACGGGGCCCUUCCCGGCCAUAAUCGCGUUUGGAGGCGCUUCCAUACCUGUCCCCAACGACGUGGCUGUCAUCACGUACAACAACGAGCAGAUCGCCGCUACGGACCCUGGUGGCAAGGGUCUCUUCUACCAGCUGUACCCAACAUCGACGGGCGGUUUGAUGGCAUGGGCAUGGGGUGUCAGCCGUAUCCUCGAUGCCCUCGAGGAGCUCGGCGCCGACGCGACCAAGAUCGACGCGGCCCGAAUCGGCGUGACCGGUUGCUCGCGCAAUGGCAAGGGUGCGCUCGUCGCCGGCGCGUUUGACGACCGCGUCGCGCUUACGCUCCCCCAGGAGGGCGGAUCCGGAGGCCCCGGGUGCUGGCGUCUAGCAGCGGAUAUGAAGAGCCGGGGGAUCAACGUCGAGGACGGGCCGCAGAUUGUCACCGGCGACCAGUGGUUCGCCCCUGUCUUCUCCGAUUACGUUCCCAAGAUUGAAACCCUGCCCCACGACCACCACCAGCUCAUGGCCCUCGUGGCGCCCCGCGGCCUGCUCGUGAUUGAGAAUAGCGGCAUCGACUACUUGGGCCCGUGGAGUUCCUACGGGUGCUCGAUGGCGGCGCAGACCGCCUUUGAGGCGCUAGGCGUGAAGAACAACUUUGGAAUCUCUCAGGUUUCGCACGGAUCCAGUCACUGCCAGAUGCCUUCUUCUCAAAAUCCGUAUGUGACAGCGUUCAUGGAUAAGUUCCUGAAGGGUGCGGAGGCUGAUACCACCAUUUUUGCCACGGAUGGGACGUGGGACUUUGAGGCGGGUGACUGGAUCGGAUGGUCGACACCCGAACUAUCAUAG